CCCGCAGGUCAGCGCACUUCCACAAACCUCCAACAAUGGCAGCCCUUGCGAUCAGCCAGGUCUCCGCCGGUCUUCUCGGUGCCCUGCACCUCUUGUUCGCGUUCACGCACCUCUCCGACCCCGACGGGGCCAUCACUCAGAUGACCAGCGCCAAGGGUGGCACGGCCAUCGCCAAGCAUUGCGUCGCGGUCAUCGGCGUCUGCCACGCGGUCCUCGGCUUCCUCUACGCCAUGUUCGCCAAGGUCAAGUCCGAGGGCGUCCGCAAGUGCUCCCUCGCCAUCUGGGCAUCCGUGUUCCUGCCCCUGUGCACCUACGCCCAGUACGCGUUCCCCCCCAACGGCAAGGCCCCCACCGGUAUGCCCCCCAUGGACAUGCCCUUCCCCUUGCUCUACUUCUUCGCCGCGUGCGUCGCCCUCGGGUUUGCGCCAAUCAAGCCCUUCAAGUUCAAGUUCAAGGCCGGCAAGAAGUCCGCCUCCGCCAAGACUCCCUCCACCGCGACCAGGAAGUCCACCAGGACCAGGAAGACCAAGUAAGAAGCCCCCGCGGACGCGUUCCGAAAACGAAGGGGCUGGCGCGUCGAGCUGUACAGGGUUGCUCCGCGAAGAUAAAUUUACGUCAUUUUUUCUCAUUACGAAUUUACAC